AUGAACCGUGUUGUGCCUCUUACUAGCAAUAAGAAGCUUCCUUCAAUUAAAGAUUUGUUUCCCUCAUGGGGUUAUGUCAACUCUGUUCCUGUGGUGACCCAGGGAGUUGAACAUAUCCAUCCUAUCUCAAGUGGUGGUGGUUCACCAACACAAGCUCAUGUUGAACACUCUUCAACUAUAGAUAGCUUUCUUACAGCGACUGCUCAUUCAUCAGAAUAUACCUCUGAUCACAAUUAUACUCUUUCCAGUGGGAAAAAUGCAACGAAUACCACAAAUACGACCAGUACUUCCUGCCAAUCACCUCAAGAUGUUACACCUCCUUCCAGCAUAGCUUCAUCAUCAUCCGUUCCUUUAAUUUCCGUGGUAGACAUGGAUACAGACCUCCAGAGACUUGUUGAUAUCACCAAAGAGAUUGAAUCACUGUAUAAGUCUACUCAUGACUUUUCAAAAGUUCCAAGUGAAUUACUUUACAAUGGCUGUACAAGACUCAAUCAGAUCAAAUACGCCUAUGAAGAGUGGACUCAUGCCAAAGAGCGUGAAAAAUCUCACGUUCAGCAUUGUAGGAGCUUCCAAAACAUGGAGGAGCAGGCUGUCAAGGCUCUCACUUCAAUGAACGAGACUCAUGUCCCGGCCAAUUCUUCUCCGUCGUCACUUUCGGUCAGUUCGGAAACUCCUUUCUUGACUACAGGACUGAAGAGGAGAAGAGAGAAGUCAUGGAAUGGUGUGGAGAGACCUGCAAUGAUCACUCCUCUUUCUUCAAAGCUUACAUCUCCAAUAUCUCCUAACACUUGUCUAGCAUUCCCCGUUAAGAGACGUAGAUCUAACCCUGCUUCUCUUUCUAGAUAUGCUAUUUCGACUCUCAUCCAGCCUCCGGUUGCAAACCUAUCGCCAGUUGCUCCGGCUGUUGCUGCUAAUACAUCUACUGCUGCUGGUAUCAGUUUUGUGGCGCCUUCGAUUAAAAAAACCCAUAUAGUUCUUCCUCUUGCAGAUGUGAGUCGUUCUGUUAGCUCUUCUGAUUCUCUAUGCGACAACGAGUGUAUGCACUGCAAGUCAAAGGAUACCCCGGAAUGGAGAAGAGGACCAGAUGGUGAAAGAACUCUCUGUAAUGCCUGCGGCCUCUUCUUCGCCAAGUUGUGCAAGAAGUAUGGAGAGCCAAAGGCCAAGGGGGUUAUGCUAGAGAGAAGAACCAAGGGCUUAGAGACAGAUCGUCGGGUUUCAAUAGGUUUUGUUUGA